AUGAGCAAUAUCGCACUGUUGGAUACGGGAAACGGGAAAAAUAAUGAUACUGAUUCUCCCUCGGAGAAUCAAACAGACCCCCGUAGACGAUUCACCUUCAUCUCAGAUUGGCCCCACUUGACUACCCGUGGAUGGUAUCGUUGUCAACUCUGCAGCGUCUACGAAUGCCGAAGGGAAGAAUUUGAACGACACUUACGUAGUGAGGCGCAUAAAAUAAAACGACGAACGGCAAAAGACUGUGGACAAGACGAUGCAUCGGCCUAUUUUUGCGAUGGUGAAAAUGAGCAACAUUCCCUCGAAACUGAUAUUCAAUAG